GCUCAUCGAUCCAUAUUGGAAUUUUCUCGGAAUGCCGCCGAAUCUCCUUGGCAUGUCCAAUGUCGUGAGUCAAAGUGGAGAUUCGAGUAGGCCGCAUCUCAAUCUUCGGGACCGUAAAUUUUGGUCUUUCAUUUUGUUCUCAUAUAUGAAGACACGUCGCCGAUCGAAUAUGCAUCUAUUCAUCAUCUUAGACAAUUCAAUCAUACCACCUAAAUCACUAUCUUAAGACAAAUCGUCACCUCAAUCAGCAUCAUGGUUUUCAUCACAUCAAUCGUUAAGGUCGCAGCUCUUGCUGGGCUUCUCGCUCCAACAGUUCUUGCUACUUUACCAGAGGCUUUGGUCGUCAAGCGUCAAGAUGAGGAUAACGCUGUUGGUACCAAUUCCUACAACUGUCACGACAACUGCGGUGAGGCUAUCCUCGAAUCAGAAAUCGACGGUUUCUGCAACACUACAAUCUUCUCCACUGACUACGCUGCCUGUCUCCAAUGCUCCGGUGAGGACAACGAGGAUAUCUGGCAAUACUAUGGUCCAUAUCUGACCGUUGCCGCUGUUGAGUGUGGAUCCUCUACUGUGCCAUUGACCGGAACUCAAGCCGACGUUGCUACCGCUAUGCUCGCUCAAAACGUCACUACAACCGCAAGCGGCGCUACUGCAACUGUUGCAAGCAACUCCGCAACAACAACUGCUGCUUCCUCUAGCUCUGGAUCUGCUUCUAGCUCUGAAUCAACUGCUAGCUCCGGAUCAGCUUCCAGCACUGCCACUGAAUCUUCUGCUUCAGCUACCUCUACCAGCGGUGCAAUCCAACAAAUCAAUGCUGCCAGCGGUUUCCUCAUUGGUGGUGUCAGCAUCCUUGUUGCCGCUGCUGUCGCCAACUUGGCUUAAUUAUGGCCCAGCACCUUAGAAAUGCGCAGACGAUCGUAAUGUAUCAAGGAAGCUUUAAGAGUGUAUUCCAGUGGUCAAUGAAUGAUGAUUAUAAUUUGUCGGGUCGAUGUUGUCUUUCUCUUAUUUAGUAUAUAAUUUAAAAUGCGAAUCAUCUUAAUCAACCA